AUCGAGCGUUUCCGAUGUCAUUCAUCAUAAGUUCAGGAGGUUGACAGUUGACAGAUUUUGUGGUUCAGAACUGUCAUCUAUUUUUUUAGGCUGAGAGUCGAGUUUCUUGCAAUUUACAUUUUUGAUGUGUUUUUUUCUAUUUUUGCAUGUGAUUUGUCAUUUUAUCGAGUUUGUUUUGAAGUCGAUACUUGGUAGCGAUCUAAACAGACCAUCUUUGACAGAUAAACAUCAUUUACAUCUUGAUUUGUAAGCGAUAUUUCAGCUGCAUGUUUAUGCUUGUCCUUUUGCAACAAUAAUAAUAAAGCAGCCCAAAAUGUCUGAGGGCACCAAACAAGGGGCCCAGCCCCCUGUGAAAAUUGGCCACUACAUCCUGGGUCCUACUCUGGGUGUUGGCACCUUUGGAAAAGUAAAAAUUGGGGAACAUCAGCUUACUAAACACAAGGUGGCUGUAAAAAUCCUUAAUAGACAGAAAAUCAAAAGUCUGGAUGUUGUGGGAAAAAUCAGGAGAGAGAUACAAAACUUGAAGUUGUUUAGACAUCCACAUAUUAUUAAGUUAUACCAAGUUAUCAGUACGCCAACAGAUAUCUUCAUGAUAAUGGAAUAUGUAUCUGGUGGAGAGCUAUUCGACUACAUAGUGAAGCAUGGCAAACUUCAAGAGCAUGAAGCUAGGCGUUUUUUCCAGCAGAUAAUCUCGGGUGUGGACUACUGUCACAGACACAUGAUUGUCCACAGAGAUUUGAAGCCAGAGAACUUGCUGCUUGACCACAACAUGCAUGUUAAGAUUGCCGAUUUUGGACUGUCAAACAUGAUGAUGGAUGGAGAAUUUCUUAGAACUAGCUGUGGCUCACCCAACUAUGCUGCUCCAGAGGUAAUAUCUGGUAAACUGUAUGCAGGACCUGAAGUCGACAUUUGGUCAUGUGGAGUUAUUCUUUAUGCUUUACUAUGUGGAACCCUUCCUUUUGAUGACGAACAUGUUCCUACCCUCUUUAGGAAGAUAAAAUCUGGAAUAUUUCCUAUUCCAGAAUACCUUAACAAAUCAGUUGUCAGCCUGCUCUGCUCCAUGUUGCAGAUUGAUCCGAUGAAACGUGCCACAAUUGAGGACAUAAAGAAACACGAGUGGUUCCAAAAGGAAUGUCCAGCUUAUUUGUUUCCUAGUCCAGUUGAACAAGAUUCAUCUGUGAUUGAUACAGAUGCUGUCAAAGAGGUAUGCGAUAAAUUCGGCGUCCAGGAAGCUGAAGUGCAUGCAGCACUAUUGAGUGGAGAUCCACAUGACCAGUUAGCGAUAGCAUACCAUUUAAUCAUUGACAACAAAAGGAUCGCUGACGAGGCUGCAAGGGCAGAAAUUAAAGAUUUCUAUUCUGCUGCCGGAAGUCCUCCUCCCGCUUCUACGGGACCUCCUGCCAUCGAAUAUCACCAGGGUAGCAGUGGUGGGUCCACAACGGUGGGCAGUCCAAUGAAACCACAUCCGGAGCGCAUAGCUCCUUUGCACCCUUGGCCACCAGGAGGUGGUGCCGCUGGGUAUGGUUCUGUUGGAGAUAAAGGGCGAGUUAAAAGGGCAAAGUGGCAUCUCGGCAUCCGAUCGCAAAGUAAACCAAAUGACAUAAUGAUGGAGGUGUACAGAGCUAUGAAAGCUCUAGAUUACGAAUGGAAGGUCAUCAAUCCAUACCACGUCAGAGUUAGGCAUAAGAACAAGCUGCAUAACCGAUAUGUUAUGAUGUCACUACAGUUGUAUCAGGUUGACUAUAAAAGUUAUUUGCUGGACUUCAAGAGCCUGAGCAAUGAAGAUUCGGAGCAGAACGGUAAUUUGGCGCCAAUGAUCUUAGAUGCUCCUACUCCAGUGGUAGUAGGUACAGACCCAUCUACUUACAAAAAGCCCACGGGUCAUCAUACAAUGGAGUUUUUUGAAAUGUGUGCAGCUUUGAUCAUACAGCUUGCUCGUUAGUUAUAUGACAGCAACCCAAGGUAUUGAUGAGGCAGGCUUAGCUGGAGGAUUGCAAAAACGAAAUAAUGGAAUUUUUAAACGCUAAAGUUUACUGUUCUAUAUUUUGUUGCGCUGUCUAAUCGUCUAACGUAACAUGUUACUUCUGUAAAAAAUGAUCUUAUUGUGAGUAUUCUUUAAUUAGAACGCCUUUUAACCUUCCUAUAUUUAAUAAUUGUAAUUCCACUAAUCCUAUAAGGUUGGUGAAUGGUGGUGUUCAGGAUGGGUUUUUUAAAACCAUGCGAGUUAUAAAAUUAGGGCUUACAUUGCGCCAAUUUUCUUUAGUAUGAUAAUAUUGUAUCUUUUUAUUAUUUUUCCAGAUCAUACUACCAUUUCCGAAUGGAAAGUGACUUUUAUUGACAAGGUUUUUUUUAAAGCGAUACGUAAAAUGGUUCGAGUUAACUUGAACAGAUAAAGAUACGAAACCAAUGGAGGAUUAUCCGGACCGGAGCAUUCAGUUCCAUUUUCAAAUGAUCGUUGAAAUCAGAAUGCUAAAUUGUCUGAUUCGCCGAAUUUUGUUGCAUUUUGCAUGGUUUUUAAAAUCUUCUACUUUGUUGCAACCUACAUUUAACUAUUUAAGGGAGGGUUAUGCGAUUUAUUUCCUGACAUCAAUCGCACAAUGGUGCUUGACCAACUAAUAUGAAGUUUUUAGUUCUGUGUAGCAGUGUUAAAUUGUCAGUGUUUUACUUUUUGUUGGAAACAGGUAUAUUAAUAUUAUAAAUCUUUAUUGUGUAUAUAUAUCUAUGUAGAUAACUGGAGAAAUAUAUGUAUAUAAACUACAUAGAGCUAUUAUUGUAGAACACCCAACAUUCAGGUAUAUUUAUAAAUAGCGUAUUAUGCAACUUGCAGAUUUGUGGAUUAAAACAAUGGAACUCUUAAUCAUAUAAAUAUUAAUCAAUGAUAAUGUCCAGUAUUCAGUGUUGUCGG